AUGUCCCCUGAAUGUGCAAUGGAAGGUCAAUUUUCAAAGAAAUCAGAUGUCUUCAGCUUUGGAGUGUUGUUACUGGAAAUAGUUAGUGGAAGAAGGAACAACAGCUUUUAUGAUGAUGAGCAUGCCAUGAACCUUCUAGGAUUUGUAAACAACAUUGUGGCAUUAAUAAACCCGAUGAUACGCAAAGCCUGCUUUGAAAUAGAUAUUUUGAGAUGCAUACAAGUCGGGCUGCUGUGUGUUCAAGAAUUUGCUAAAGAUAGGACAUCCGUAUCCAUUGUUAUUUCCAUGCCUAAAAGUGAGAUUAUUGAUCUGCCUCUUCCAAAGCAACCUGCAUUCAUCGAUAAGCAGAUUGCCCCAGAUGCUGACUCCUCUCAGCACAACCUAAGUAAAUGCUUCGUUAACAAUGUUACUGGUGCAAUGGUUCAAGGCUGA